CUAUUUGGGGUGGUGAUACUACGAUACUAUUAUCCAAUUAAUUUAUUAUUUUUUGUUUUUAAUUGCGUAUGAAAUUUAAUGCAUGUCAGAUCGGUCUAGUGGUAGUGAUAGUAGUUCCGAGAGUUCUGAUUUAGAUGAAAACUACGUCCCAUCGCGAUCGAUUAAUAAAAAUCUAUUAGGAUCGUUUAGACCCGUGACUAGAUCACAGAGUAAUCUUCAAAAAGAAACAUUAAUAAAAGAUCGUAAGCAAUCGAAAAGUUUUAAUUCAAAAAUAUUAAUAGAUUUAAAAGAUAAUACUCAAACUUUAGAAUAUAAUAGCUCAAUGGCACUCCCUUCUUCAACCACAUUAUCCUUAGAGACAGCAAUUAAAUUAAUCCCACAUUUCAAUGGAGAAAAUGUUCAGGAGGUGUACCCAUUUAUAAAUGCAUGCAAUUUUGUUAUGCAAAAUGUUGAAGAGACCAUACAGCCUGUGCUCUUACAGGUUAUAAUAACCAAAUNAUGCACACCAGGAUAUCUUCAGUUAGAGCUCACUACGACUAAAUUCCAACAAGGAGAAACCGUAAGAGAGUAUGCAACCAAAGUAAAAAAACUAUUGCACGAACUCUGCAAUGUAAGCACAAAGGAUAAAACGUCCAGUGACGCAAAAGCUAUACAUAACUACAUAAAAGAAACAACCUUAACUAUAUAUAUUGAAGGUUUACCAUCUUCUAUUCGAGGUGUAGUGAAAUCAAAGAAUCGCCCAACGUUAGAAGAAGCCAUAAAGUAUAGCUUAGAAGAAGAAAAAAUUUAUCAAUCAAAUAAGGGAACCCAACGUUUGUUGAAUAACAAACCAAAUUAUAGGUAUGACAGUAAAUAUUGUAUAAAUUGUCGGAAAUCAAACCAUAAUACAAAUUAGUGCAGAUAUGGAAAUCAUAAUGUUGAUACUGGACAACAAAAUAAACAAUCCAAAGGAUUCAAUAAUCAAAGAAAUCAGGAUACUAAACAAGUAUCAUGUAUUUAUUGCAAGAAAUUUGGUCAUACAAUAGAAGUAUGCUAUAAGAAGAAAAAUGCAGAUUCAAGAAAAGAAAGUCAAGAUAACCCAUCAACGUCAGGAAACGCCAAAGAAUCGGUCAAAAAGGGCGUUCGUCCGAUUCGCGAAUUGAAAAUAAUAGCCCAACACUAAAUGUUCUAACGUACAAAAUUAAAUUAAAAGAUAAUCAUGCUACAUAUAAAAUACCACAAUGUAUUAAAGGAAUAGCCAAUUUAUUCAUAGAUACGGGAGCAGAUCUUAAUAUAAUUAAAAUCAAUGUACUUCAAGACGAUGUCAUGAUGGUAUCUGAUAGUAAAAUUUAUAAAUUGCAAGGAAUUAAUGAUCAAUUAGUUAGUACAUUAGGAAGUACUACACUAAACGUAUCAAUAAACAAUAAAGUUUACGAAACAGAAUUCCAUGUAGUUAAUUCAAACUUUCCAAUAAACGGAGAUGGAAUAUUAGGAAACCCCUUCCUAAAAGAUAACCAGAUGUUAAUCGAUGUUGGUAAAGAAGAAUUAAUCUUUAAAGCAGAUAGUACAACUACUAUCCCAGCACGACAUGAAAUGAUUAUUCCAAUACAAUUCGAUGUUCAAGAUUUAUCUGAACAACUAAACAUACUCAUUCAUGCUCAAAAAUUAGGCAAAAACAUUUUAUGUGGAAAUAUAUUAAAUAUUGUAAAACACAAUCAAGUACUUAUAAAUGUUAUAAACCCAACAGAGGAAAAUCAAGUUAUACCAAUACCAAAACUUUCAGAUUUAUCGCAUGAGAUUUUUGAUAUAGUUUCAAUGGAUAACAUACAAACUAGUAAAGCAAAUGUAAAUACGGAAAAUCGUAUCCAACUCCUAAAAAACACGCUGAAAUAUGACCAUAUGAAUGCAGAAGAAAGGGAAGUGAUUCUAGAUUUAUGUAGUGAAUUUUCAAAUAUAUUCUAUUUAGAAGGAGACCAAAUGACGUGUACCAAUGCGAUGCAACACGAAAUUAAAAGUCCUGGAGUCACUCAGCCAAUUCAUCAAAAGCCAUAUAGACUUCCUUAUGCUCAAAAGAGAGAAAUAGCGAAGCAAGUUGGAGAAAUGCAACGAGAUGGUAUAAUUACAUCAAGCGAUAGCCCUUGGAAUGCACCAUUAUUAGUUGUACCCAAAAAAUCAGAUGUAUUUGGAGAAAAAAAAUAUCGAGUAGUUAUGGACUUCCGCAAACUAAACAGUAUUACUGUUGGAGAUGCUUUUCCAAUGCCAAAUAUCAGAGAUACUUGAUCAAUUAGGUAAAGCAAAAUAUUUUACUUGUCUAGAUAUGACAAGUGGAUAUCACCAAAUACCUCAACAUCCAGAUGAUCGAGAAAAAACCGGUUUCAGUACGGACCAGGGCCAUU